CGUUACGUCAUCAGUACGGUUGAUGCCAAAGAUGAGAAAGAUAAAGAUUAUUUUCAUUUUCACCUCUUUGAGUUUAAUAUUGGCAGAAUUAGUUUUAGGCGGGUGUGUUGACCAGCACAGCCAGUGCAGAAUGUGGAGCACGCUUGGGAAAUGCUACACGAAUCACAAGUUCAUGCUGGCGUGUUGCGAAGAGUCGUGUAACAGUUGUGGUGUCGAGUGUACGGACUUGUUUGAUGACUGCGAGUUCUGGGCUACUAUCGGUCUCUGCCACAAGAACCGCCGCUGGAUGAUCCCGAACUGCCGCAAGUCAUGUAUUCGUUGCCGUGAAAAUGUUGCCGACUGUAAAGCCAGAAAUGAUAUUAUUCUUAAAACAUUUCAGAACUAAAAAAUAAAAUAAAAACUAAAAAAGAAGAAGAGAAAAGCAGAUAAUCAAAUGUUGAAUAUAUUCGAUGACGUCUGCUAACUAUUGAAUUUCAUCUUCCAAGUGACGAGUUUUGGUGAAAAUACAAGUUAAUAACUAGUGAUAAAUGUCUUGGAUAUAGAUUGCUGUUGUACUUUAUAUAUGUAGGCCUACUGAUCAAUAAAUAAAAUACGAAAAAAAGG